GCGACGCGAUAUUGGAGUCUGGACGCAGUUUCGUAUUAAAUCAGAAAAUAGAAAUUCUGAAAACGUAAACAAAAGUAUUGUGUUAAAGGCAAACACGCAAGGAAAAUUGUUACAAAGAUUGAGGUCCAAGGAUUACAAGCUGGAAACCUUGUAUGCCAGCUGCAGUGCUGUCAAUUUUAGAAGAGGUGCCAUAUCAAAGUAGAUCAGUAUGGUUUUCAUGCAGUGCACAACACUUUUUCUCACAUUUGCUGUCUUCUUCAACGCUGUCCUAGUUGAAUCCUAUGAUACAGACAAUGACGUGGAUUACACUGUCGAGCAAACAGAAACAAUUCAUGACACAGCCAUGUCGGUGACUGUCACGAUCGGAAUCAUUGUUGCACUUAUAGUCGGUGGAAUCAUCGUGGUAACGCUCAUUAUUUGUUGCUGCUGCUGUAGAGGAAGAAGGUCUCAAGGUCAUGUGUACCGAUCAACACCAGUUACCACGACGACUACUACUGUCAUCACCCAACAACGAAACCAACCUCCCCAGUACCCAGCCCAGGCCCCUGGGGGUUACCCUGGAUACCAGACCACCUCCCCAGCACCAUGUGCACCUGCUGCACAGAUGGCUCCUCCUCAUCAGGGGACAUCACCAGGGUAUCCCCCACAGAACAUGGCUCAUGGAUAUCCCCUUCAGAAUCAAGGCUCUAAGCUGGAACCCUCAGCACCACCUCCUCCGCCUGCUCCAUACAUGCAAGAUAUGCCGUACUACCCUCCGCCCCAGGACCAAUCUUACCCUCCACCCCCAAACCAGCCCUAUCCCCCUCAGCCGUAUGGAGGAAUGGUACAGCCACCCCCAUACUCAGAGAAGUGAUGCAGACAUCUCCGUUUCCUGGAAAGAUUGAGAAGUCGAAAGAAGCAGCUGUUUGAUAUUGUAAUGCCCUGGUUUGGGGAAAAUUUGAACUUUGUUUUCUCAAAAUUACUUUUUAUUUUAGAAUGAUGACCUGGCUUUUUAUGAUAGACUUUAAAUAACCCAUGAGUGUAAUAAUUUUAGUACAUUUUGUAUCAGAAUCAGUGACCCUGUCUUGGUUUUUUUGAUACAUUACAAUUUUGGAGUAUUUUAAACCUCUUUUGAAGUCAUUAGAUAAAUACUAAAAAAUUGAAAAAAUAAUUGAUAAGUUUAUAUGUAUUUGAUUAAUUUCUUUAAAAAAAUCAGGGUCAUAAAAGAUGUAACUAUCUGUGAUUUAUCUUUGUGAUGAGCUGAAUAAUUAUAUUGAAAGAAAUUAUGGAAACUUGAUUUCAAAAGAUGUCUCACCCUAUUAUAACAUGUGUAUUAGUGAUAUGUACUUGUAGUUUUGAGUUGAUAAAAUCACUUGAAUGGCGGUCUUGUGAACUGUACUAAUUUUGUAAAUUAUACAUUAUCUAUAUGUGGUUAAAACCAUAGGGGAUUAAAAUCCUAGGUGAUUAAUAGGUGAUUAAAAAUGUUUGUGUUUAAUUAUUAUAUGCCAUUGAAAUCAUAAUUUGUGUGAUUAAAUCAUGAGUCACAAAAAAACAAAUAAUACAAGAUUCCAGUCUACUCAGCUGUAAAUGAGUAUGUGGUUUGGCAGUGCUAGAAUGG